GCAGCUGCGGCUGCUGCUAGAGUUAGGGUCAGGCCUGUUCUCGGUUCGCGCACUCGCCCAGUGUCCUCGGUCGCCGGGCCGGGGACUUGCGGGGCUCAGCCUGAGGGAAGACAAGGGAGCCCGUAGGAAGGCCUUCGCUUCGUGGGGAGAGGCUCCUUGAACCUUUCAGGCGGGCCUAGGACUGCAGGGCCUCUUUUUGGCUUUCUCCACUUUUCUGUUAGGUGGGACCACCCAGGCCUCAAGUGAGGAGUCGGCUCUAUUUCAGAGGUGCUGGAACAGCUGCGGGACUCCUUGUUUAAUUAUGGAUGGAGGGGAUGAUGGUAACCUUAUUAUCAAAAAGAGGUUUGUAUCUGAGGCAGAACUAGAUGAACGGCGCAAAAGAAGGCAAGAAGAAUGGGAGAAAGUUCGAAAACCCGAAGAUCCAGAAGAAUGUCCAGAGGAAGUUUAUGACCCUCGGUCUCUUUAUGAAAGGCUACAGGAACAAAAAGACAGGAAACAGCAAGAGUAUGAGGAGCAGUUCAAAUUCAAAAACAUGGUAAGAGGCUUAGAUGAAGAUGAGACCAACUUCCUUGAUGAGGUUUCUCGGCAGCAGGAACUAAUAGAAAAGCAACGAAGAGAAGAAGAACUGAAAGAACUGAAGGAAUACAGAAGUAGUCUCAACAAGGUUGGAAUUUCUUCAGAAAACAAGAAGGAAGUGGAGAAGAAAGUGGCUGUGAAACCCAUAGAAACCAAGAAUAAGUUCUCCCAGGCAAAGCUGUUGGCAGGAGCUGUGAAGCAUAAGAGCUCAGAGAGUGGCAACAGUGUGAAAAGACUGAAACCAGACUCUGACCCAGAUGACAAGAAUCAAGAGACCCCGUCCUGUGUGUCUCUUGGAAGCACUUCUGUGAGUGGCCCCUCCAUCCACUGCCCUUCUGCUGCAGUCUGUAUCGGCAUCCUCCCAGGCUUGGGUGCCUACUCUGGGAGCAGCGAUUCUGAGUCCAGCUCAGACAGCGAAGGCACCAUCAAUGCCACGGGCAAGAUUGUCUCCUCCAUCUUCCGAACCAACACCUUCCUUGAAGCUCCCUAGCUCCUCUGUUCUUACCACAGGGAGCUCCUCCCCAAGAGUAGACCGGACCGUUCAUUCUGCCUGCAGGCAUUACCACCCUCAAAAAACUCCUUUGCCUGCUUCCUGUGCCCACCAUGACAUUUUUAACCUAAUCUAAAAAUGUGCCAGAAUCCACUUGUGGCCCAAAUUUUGUUUGGUUUCUCUUUCCACUCCAGUGCAGAUGACCAAACCUGUCCUGCCUCUUUCCUCACUGAUGUGGUGGGUGGGGGCAAGGCCCAGCAGAAAUUCUACUGAAAAUGCCCUGGGAGUAUGGUACCAGCUGGCUUGCAAAUGGUUUGGGUUUUAUUGCUUUCUUGUUUUUCCUUUCCCAACAGCACAAAGAAGCAAGGGAGGGUUACUGGACAGGUGUUAUUUAAACAUUCUAUUGUAGAUGAACAUGUUAUUUGGUUCUACUGCAUUGUGGAGCAUGUAGGGAAAGAGGACUAACCCAGAUGAUGAAAUGGAGCACUUCCUUGGAACUAACCAUCCUUGAUGUUGUAUGAAUAAGUAAAGAUGAUAAAACUACAUCUGCAGGGGGUGCCACUUAACACUCAGCAUUCAUUGUGAACUGUUUUGUUGCUCUUGGCCAUUCCUUCUUCUUUCCUCAUCCAGUCCCAUUUAUAGGAAGGGACUUGUAACAAGAUAGCUUCCAUUUUCUACUUAGACCUUUUCUCUGCCUGGAAUAUUGUUUUGUUUUUGUUUUUGAAAUAAAGGAUUCGUUUAAGAUUCUAAACCCGAAGAAACAAGCAUAGGCC